AGUUGCUGGCGCAACUUCACGAAAUACGGUUCGUUACCAACUACUCUCUAUAGUAAAUACCGUGUGUUUAUUUUUAUUUUUUUUAAUCGUGUGCUGUGUUAAUUAUUGUUUUCCCUCUUAUUAGAUACUGUGUGUUGUGUUGGAAUACCCGCAGUGUUUUUUGACUUUCAAAAGGAUUUUUCUAGCUCUAUCAACGAAUGGAAAAGUCGCAAUUCAAAAACAGAUGACCAAAAUCCCCAGCAGAAUUACAUAAAAAAUGUUCAAGAUUUUUAUUAAUCGAUAAUUAUUUGACUGAAAUUGACUGACCAAAUAAAAUAAACAAAAUGAAAUAUUUUAACGAAAACCUCAUCACCUUGAAAUGUGUUCUGUUCCUAUUCUUUGGAGCUUUGGGGGGGUUGCUCCCCUUCCUGCCGCUCCACAUGGACGUCGUGGGUUUGUCCAAAGACGAGUCCGUCAUAGUAUCUGUAGUUGCCCCCCUCAUAGCGUUAUUAGGCCCCCUGGUGGCCGCCCCUUUGGCCGAUAGACUCGCAAGCGGCGGCGGCGGAAAUCAAAGAAGCAAAACUGGACGAUAUUUACGCGUCAUGCUCUCUUUAUGCUUCAUAUUGGCCACGAUUUUCUACUGGCUGCUCAUGCUUAUACCCCCGAUAAUUAGAUCCCCACCCAAUGUGACGUUCAUGUGUGAUCAGCAGGGUGGUUUUGUUUUACAAGAUAGAUGUGGUGCUGAAAGGACUUGUUAUAACUGGGGAAGCUCGAAAGGAUCGGUUUUGGUGAAAAACUGCAUUUUUUCGUGCAAUGCUACAACAAAUUAUUCUGGAGAAGUCACUACAGCAUACCCUGAUGAAACCGACACUUUUUAUGAAAGCGACUAUGAAGAUCAGUUAAAUAACGACGACAACAGUGGUAACGAAGUGAACCCUGACACACUCGAUCUAUCAGACUAUUCCUCAAACAGAAACUUUACCGGAAUAGUCCCCUUACCGCACAUGUGCUAUGAAAACGACAAAGGCGAGUCUAUAUGUGAAGUUUACACUGAAUAUUCCCAACCCAUAGACUUUAAAAUCGGAUUAACUCCAAAUCUGGACAAUGCAACUGAAUCUGAUUUCUGCAAAUAUCCAUUUGCUGACAAAUUCCACUGCCGCAUCACAGACGACGUAGUUGACAACCUAACAAACCACCACACAGAAGAAUGCCACCCCAUAGUCGUAUGCCAAAUCCACGACCCAUAUAACAACUCUCACUCACUACUGAAAAGAUCUCAAUGUGGUUACGACAACAUCAGUUUCUGGCUGUAUCUAUUCAUACGGUCCGUAGCUGAUAUUUUCCCGGCUGCAGCUGUGGCACUUCUGGGUGCAGCUGUUGUUAUAGCAACUAGAGAGACGUCCACAGGGAGAGGUGAUGUAGGAAAACAAUUCGCAGCUGCUGCAUUAGGUUUCGGAAUAUUCGCAGUGAUUAUUGGUGGUGCUGGUGAUGGCAAAUUCUUGAAUGCAAUGAUAUGUUUCACAGUUCUGAUGUUAUUAGCUGUAUUAAUUCUACUUUUUGAUAAUAAAAUGCCAUUAAGUCCCCCUGAAUGGUGGUGGCAUACACGAUGCGGUCUUUUAGCCCUUCCAAUGUCUUCUGUGAGGAAAUAUGGUUUGGAAAUAAUAUCACUCGGUGUGGUACUCUUCUUAUUGGGUAUUUUCUGGAAUUCUAUCGAUACCUUCCUGCCUUGGCAUGUAGUGAAAAUCCCAGAUGGAGAACCUCUACUAAUUGGUCUUACUAUAGCUGUAGCUGCCAUACCUGCCAUAGUUUACUUUGUGUAUGCUGAAAAAAUCGUGGAUUACUGCGGACAUUCCAAUAUUCUCAUUUAUUGCUUCGUUAACUACAUCAUCCAUCACAUAGGUCUUAUUGUAACUGAAAAUGCUAAAGUCUUGUUAAUCUUCGAGUUUCUGGAGAUAUUUUCUUUGCACUUGAUGUACGUCACUGCCGUUUUAUACUUCAGACACUUGGUCCCGAGAAAAUUCACUGCUUGCGGACAAGCUCUUCCCGUCAUCACGCAUUUCUGCCUCGGUCGCUGUAUUGGGGCUCUUUUGGGAGGUUUAGCGUACUCCGAAUAUCCAGACAGAGACAAUUUCAACAGCGUCCACAAGUGGUUCACAGUGGCGGCGUGCAUAACCGCCAUAAUCUACUUUUUAGCUUAUCAUUUCUACUUGAAACCGCAAUGCGCAGCUGCAGCACAAGUGCCUCCAGACCCAGCGCCAUCCGUUGUUCAAAAUAUGAACGGAAAUGGCACUUACACCCCGCUUCGGGUAUACCACAACGGCAAGGCAAAGAAGGGCCACUUUAGAUAUUAAUUUAAGCAACGCUUUUUGUAUAAAAAAUACUGGACAGCUUUAACCUCGAGAUUUUUUAGUACUCUGAAUGUUUAGUAAUUUAUUUCUCUUUGUAUAUCGUCGCUUGAUAAUUGUUUUUUGUUUGUUAAAUACAGGGUGUUUCAUGACCGGUGAAACAAAAUUAAAUCUCAUAUGGAAAAUUUAAUUUUGAAUACAAUAAAUACAAGCAAAGUACGGGACAAAUCACAAAACUGUUUAUAUAUUAUUUUCGCCUCAAAAUUGUCAAGAACAUUCUUUUCUUAUUAGGCUUUACAUUAAAUAAAAGAAACGCAAGAAAAUUUGUAUAUGAAGGUCUCAUCCAAUUUUUUUUUUAAAUUUAAAAUUCUAAGCAUGAAAAUAAUGAAAAGUGUUGCUCGAUAUUAUAAAAAAAAAUAUUCUUAAUUUUGUUUAAAAACGAAUUUGCACAUGAGAUUUCAAUUUUUAUCACUGGGUAUGAAACACCCUGUAUAAUGAUAGUUGAAGUUUUUUUAUGUAAUUUAUGUGGCAACACACUGAACUACUUUUUACGAUUUUACAAUUUACAUGAGUUUUGUUACUUUUGAGAUGUUUAACGUGAAUGUAUUUUUAAAUAAAUAUAUCAAUUUUUUUGAA